AUGGAUAAAAGCCUUCGUACCCUCUACCGGGAGAUGACUGGAGUUUAUUAUGACAAGCCCUCCCUCUCCAGCGUGGCUGGCACAGCGGUGGCUCCAGGCGAGAAUGUGAAGUUGCAGUGUUUCUCCAAAAUCAACUAUGAUGUAUUUAUCCUCACCAAAGAAGAUGGAGAUCACAUCACCCAGAACCAAAGCUCCACCCCUCAGCAUGGAGGACACCAGACCAUCUUCCUCUUGAAUCCAGUCUCCACCACACAGGCGGGGACCUACAGAUGCUACGGUGCCUUCCUCGACUACCCCUAUGUGUGGUCUCAGCCCAGUGACCCACUGCAGCUUCAGGUCGAAGGAACCACUGACUCUCCCAGCAGCACACAACCCAGAUGUGCAACUGCGCCUGCCGCUUGGCGUCCUUCUGUGGAGACUCAAGUCCGCCUGAGCCUGGCUGCCCUGCUUCUCCUGGUCAUGGUCGUCCUAUUGGCUGAAGCCUGGUGCAGCGGGGCGGGGGUCCCUCAGUGAAGUCCGAUGAGCCCCCGCCCAGGUGGACUGACGAGCGCCGAUGACCCUCGGAUGGCAUCAAAGCACUGUGCCCCGCUGUGGGGCGGAGACGGCCCUGGGCCGCACAUCCGGUACAGCCGCGCGCUUCCUGUAGAACCGGAAAUGACGCCCCAGGGGCACCGCGGACGAGGGCAGCCCAGUGUUACUUCUCCUUCAGUUAUAGAGAACAGAAGCCUAAACCUGUCCCCAAGCCUCCACCACUUGCUACUUUCCCGUUGCCGUUCUUGCCUUUUCCUGCUUCUAGACUCGGCCUGUGUUCCCCGUCGUGUAGCCCCCUCCUCCAGACCCGGGAGGGGAGCGCCUCUUCUCCUCCCUGACCGCUGCUUCCUUCCUCCCUUCUUGCCUCACACACCCCCACCCUCCUGCUUCCCUUUUAACGAGCACUUGUGGGGACUUGCCGGGGGUCCAGUGGUUAAGAAUCUGCCCUGCAAUGCCGGGGAUAUGUGUCAGAUGCCCGGUCAGGGAACUAAGAUGCCGCAAGCUACAGACCAGCUAAGCCUGUGAGCAGCAACCAAGUGAAUAAAUAAAUAAAAAUAAAAUUAUAUUUAAAAAAAGAACACGUGACUUCGUUGGGUCCACCGUGACAACCUAUGAUCAGCCCCCACCCAAGAACUGUAAUUUCACCACAUCUCUAGUAUCCCUUUUGACAUGGAGGUUCUGGGUAGCUUUGCAAAACUGUAAUUAGUGGGCUAUUACUCACCCUGCCUCCUGGAGAUCACUGAGUCUGAUCUUUGAGCCAGAAAUCCUUGCUUUUAUGCCCUGUCUCACGGGAGAGACUUGGAAAUAAGCACGGUUUUUUUUGUUUUGCUUUAAUAUUUAAGUCUUUAUUGAAUUUGUUACAAUUUUGCUUCUGUUUUACGUUUUCGUUUUUGGGCCACAAGGCAUGUUGGAUCAUAGGUCCCCAACCAGGGAUUGAACCCACAGUCCCUGCAUUGGGAGGCAGUCUUAACCACUGGACCACCAGGGAAGUACCUGGGAAUAAAUGUUUUAAUACUCUUUACAAUUUAGAACAGGACAUGAUUCAAACAGAGAUGAUGCUGAAUAAACUUUGCUUAUGUGUAAUGUGUAAA